AUGACCCUGUCAGGUGGGACCAUUUCAAGUGGGACCUCGUCUGGGUCGAGUCAUGGGACCCGCAGCUUUGGGUCGGAGGGUGACAUGGUGGACCUCCAGGCCCGGAUGGAGCUCAAGCGGAAGAGGAGGAUGGAAUCAAACCGGGAGUCUGCAAAGCGGUCAAGGCAGCGGAAGCAACAACAUCUUGACGACCUCAACUCACAGGUGGACAAGCUGAGGACGACGAAACAGCAACUCAUGACAGCACUGAACAUCACCACCCAGAACUACGCGGCAGCAGAAGCUCAGAACUCGGUGCUGCGCACCCAGAUGAUGGAGCUGGAGAGCAGACUCUGCGCGCUGCGUCAGAUCAUAUGCUACAUGAACGCAAACCAUGUUGCUAAUCCGCGCGCAACAACAAUGAAUGCACAUCCAGCAACUAUCAUGAGCGGAGCUGCUAACUACGAUACUUUUGGCGCAAGCGCAACUGCAUGGAACUCUGGCAUGCAAAUGGUCCAGCAGCCCAUAGAUCACUUGAUGUACCAGUGCUUCUAG